CUCCCCUAAUUAAAUUUUCCUAAUCGGUCCUCACAACCGUUGAAGCACUCGAAUUGCUACACAAUUGUCGUCUUCUUUCACACUGCACGGUAUUACCAAAUGCCCUAUAUAAAUGCCUUGUGGGAUUUCACUGACCACCAAACCAACCAAACUCAAAUUCUCCCUUGGUUAAAACCCAGUGGUCCUUCUCUCCAAGUCAGAGAGUGACUCUGACUCCCUCUUCUUCUUCUUCGUCUCUCUCAGCGGCCUCUGCAGCUCCGAUUCUCUCUCAGGUCGCUUUUUAACUACAGUGGAAAUGGGGAGUUUGGAGAUGGAUCAUAGCUCUGACGAGGAUACAGAUCUGAGUGACUCAGAAUUGGAUGAGGAGGUAGAACAAUAUCUCGAAGAGCUGAAGAAUGGAAAACACAGGGUGAAAGGUGCGGAUGGGGUAUUUAUGUGCCCCUUCUGCCAGAGGAAGAGAAAGCGGGAUUUUAAUUUAAAGGACCUGCUCCAACAUGCCUCUGGGGUGGGAAAGAGUAAUUCAGACAAGAGAAGCAUGGAAGAGAAGGCGAAACACAUGGCUUUGACAAAAUAUUUGGAAAAUGUAGCUGAAGCUGGUUCAUCAAAACCUGUGGCUGAGAAAGAACCCCCAGUCGAUUGUGACCAUGAUGAAAAGUUUGUGUGGCCUUGGAUAGGGGUGGUGGUUAAUAUCCCAACCAGACGAGCAAAUGAUGGGCGAUUCGUAGGAGAAAGUGGAUCCAAGCUGAGAGAUGAGUAUAUAAGACAAGGGUUCAAUCCCUCUAGAGUUCAUCCUCUGUGGAAUUAUAGGGGUCACUCAGGAAGUGCUGUUGUGGAAUUUAAGAAAGACUGGCCUGGCUAUGUUAAUGCUAUGGCUUUUGAGAGGGCUUAUGAGGCAGAUCGUCAUGGAAAAAAGGAUUGGUUUGCUGAUGGUGACCAAAAAUCUGGUCUUUAUGCUUGGGUUGCCCGCACUGACGACUAUAAAGCAAACAAUAUUGUUGGAGAACACCUCCGUAAGAUUGGGGACCUUAAAUCUAUUUCUGAAAUUAUGGAGGAAGAAGCCAGGAAGCAGAAUAGCCUAGUAUCUAAUCUGACAAGUAUUAUUGAGGUCAAGAACAAGGAUUUGGAAGAGAUGGAGCUGAAAUGUAAUGAAACUACAAACGCCAUUAAGAACGUAAUCACAGAGAAAGAUAAGCUCGUACAGGCUUACAAUGAAGAGAUAAAAAAGAUACAAGUAAGUGCACAGGAUCACUUUAAGAGGAUUUUUAGUGACCACGAAAAACUCAAGGAGCAGUUGGAGUCCCAAAAGAAAGAGCUUGAGUCGCAUAUAGAAGAAAUGGAGAAGCGUGCUCUGGAUAACGAAAGUGAAAGUAGAAAGCUUGCUGAGGAGAUUGAAAAGAAUUCCGUGAAAAAUAGUUCUCUCCAAAUGGCUGCUGCAGAGCAAGUGAGAGCUAAUGAAAAGUUAUUGAAACUGGCAGAAGAUCAGAAGAGGGAAAAGGAGGAGCUCCAUAAUAAAAUAAUUAAACUGGAGAAGGACUUUGAUGAAAAGCAAGCUCUUGAAUUACAAAUUGAGCAACUAAAAGGAAACUUAAAUGUUGUAAGGCGCAUGGGAGAUGACGGUGAUGCUGAAGUGCUGGAAAAGGUGGAAGGAAUGCUGAAAGGUUUGAGUGAAAAGGAAAAUGAUCUUGAAGAUCUAGAAGCUUUAAAUCAAACUCUAAUUGUAAAGGAGCGAAAGAGCAAUGAUGAGCUGCAGGAAGCUCGUAAGGAACUGAUUAAUGGCUUGAAAGACAUGGAAAUGUCCAGUCGUGCUCAAAUUGGUAUUAAAAGAAUGGGAGAGCUUGACAAUAAACCAUUCCAAGAAGCAAUGAGGAGAAAGUAUAAGUAUAAUGUGGAAGAAGCUGAAGAGAAGGCCUCCGAGUUGUGCUCUCUAUGGGAGGAGUACUUGAAGGAUCCAGACUGGCAUCCUUUCAAAGUUGUUCCGGUAAAAGAGGGCCAUAAGGAAUUUAUAAAUGAAGAUGAUGAGAAACUAAAACGGUUGAAGAAGGAAUUGGGUGAUGAAGCGUAUAAUGCUGUAACAUCAGCUUUAAUGGAGAUAAAUCAAUACAACCCUAGCGGGAGGUAUAUAACUUCAGAAUUGUGGCACUAUGGUAUGGGACGAAAGGCUACGCUGAAAGAGGGAGCUGCAUUUAUUCUGAAGGAAUUGAAACAAAAGAAACAGCGAUUGGAUAUUGACUAAAGGCUGAAUAUGGUGAGCAAGAUGGAUUUUUCUGACGCAUAUGAUUUGAAUAAACUCUUCCGGCCUUAUGCCCAGUCCUUGUAUCAAUCGUUGAUCUUCAGCAGUGGUCUUUCUUUUUCAAUAAGAUGUAUUCAUUUGUUUUGUUGAUGAACUCAUCUGUACUUCUAAUAGAAUUUGGGAAUUAGAGUGCCCCGUCCAUAUGAGCGGUAUAGUGGUUCCCAACCUCUAAUUCAAACUUUGUCUCCAUGGAAACCAUUCAUUUUCACAUGUAUAAAGUUUGGUUUCUUUGGUUUCUGAGUUAUUCACAUUUGAUUUCGCCUGUACCAGUAUCAGUAUGUGUGCUAAUGAAUAAUUGCUUUGCAAGCUUUCUCA